GGUUUGGGUGUGGAAGAUACAUUCCUGUGAUGUCCUGAAGUGGCCUGCCAUACAUGCUGAGCAAGAGGAAGAGCCCUUCAUCAUUCCAGUCGUGCGUGGACCUGAGAGGAGGAGGAGCCAUUGUUUGACCUGAGCUUCUGGGCAGGAAAGUAAGUUCAAAUAGAUACAGACUAUUCGCUUUCCAGAAUGUUUGUUGGAUAUGAAGACGCCGAGGAUACUGAAGUGUAUGAAGAUGAACUUUAUCACGAGGAGUCAUCCAGUGAGCAGAGUAUUGAUAGUGAGGUGGAAUUUCAUCUCUACAGCCAGAUCCACUAUUCCCAAAAUCUUGGAGAAAUCAGCACACUGGAAACGGAUGAAGAAGCUGAUGUUACAGGAGUCACAGGUCAUAGUUCCGUUCUAACUGAGAAACAGCAUGAAGACAAGAAAAUCACUGAAUUCAUCGACCAUGGUGCUCAGCUUUCAGACGACCCUGAGAUCAUCAUCUUGUCUGAUUCACCAGAUGAAGACAGUGUUUACAAAAGCAAAGUAAAGAAGUCAACAAGCUUUUUAGCUCAAGGUAAAAUACAUAUCCAGCCAGGAUCUUCCACACCAAAUCAUGCCGAAGCUGCUGGAUGUAAUACCCUGUAUCCUGCUGGAUCAGGCACAGACAUUUCAAGGCAAAGGAAAAGCACUACUGGGAACCUUAACCCAGUUAGUUCUGCUGGAGCUCAUGCCAUCCAAGACGUGUUGGUAAUAGAUGAUAGCUCGGAGGAGGACAGCUUGAUAUCUGAAAGUGAUAACGUUGAGAGUUGGAUGCUUUUGGGAGCCGGUGCAGAUGACAGAGAUGAAGAUAUAAUGUUGAACCUUGAAGGCUGUGCAACUCCUGUCAGCGAAGGAGAAGAGGAUGUGGACUGGUCCAUCUGUAAUAAAGACUUAGAGGCACAGAUCUCCAACUAUGCAAGUGUGAGGCAUACCAGUAUGCGGUACUACACAGCUGAUAAAAAUGUUACCUGUAGAAAUUGCAGUAGACCAGGUCAUUUGUCCAAGAACUGUCCUACUCCAAAGAAAGUUCCCCCUUGUUGCCUGUGUGCAGGAAGAGGUCAUCUACAAAACAGUUGCCCAGCACGUUUUUGUUUGAACUGCUGUUUGCCUGGCCACUAUUUCAGGGAAUGUCUUGAGAGAGCCUAUUGGAAUAAACACUGCAAUCGCUGUGAUAUGAAGGGGCAUUAUGCUGAUGCUUGCCCAGAAAUAUGGAGGCAGUAUCACCUAACAACAAAGCCAGGACCAAUCAAGGCGGCCGGUUCUCACUCUGAGCGCUCUGCUUUAGUGUACUGCUACAACUGUUCCCGGAAAGGACAUUUUGGAUAUGAGUGCUCAGAAAAGCGGAUGCAUGGGGGCAUGCUCCCUACUUCUCCAUUUAUCUACUACUAUGAUGAUGAAUACGAUAUCAAGAGAAGAGCAAACAGAUUAAAAAGAAAGGUUGCAGAACUACAGGAAGCCGGCCUUCUGCCAGAACAGUCAGAGACACCGUGGCAGGAAGAAAAACAUGGGGGCCACAGCCAUAAGAAAAAGAGCAAGCCUUGGAAAGAACACGGGAAACAUAACAAAGAUGGCGAGUGUCACAAAAAGAUGAAGAUGUCCCGGGCAGAGAAACCCAAAGAGAAACACAGAAGUGAUGUUGAAAUUGGCCACAAGAUGGAGGAAGACUUACCUAGAGGGUGUAAAAGGCAGGCAUGCAAGGGCAGCAAAAUCCAUCACAAGUCCAUUUUCCAGGCAUUCUCAGGCAGCAAGACUGCAUAUGUGCAGGAGCCUCUGGAAGGUGCUAAAAGGAAGAAGAAAUGGAAAAAGCAGAAAGGCGCUAGUACUGAUAUCAAUGAGAAUUUAUUCCUCAUAAAACAGAGGAGGAAGAAGUCCAAACAGAAAUCCUGGUGAUGAGGAAGUAGAUAGGUGGCACCGGCAUUUACUGGCUCCGGCUCUGCCUUCUGUUUAUUUUUGUCCCUCUCUUAGCACACUGAACUUGAGUCCGUCCUUGAACCCGGGCGGGCAUGCCCAGGCACCAGUCACACAUCUAAUAUCCAUCUCUGUUCCUGAAAGGGAGUGCUGUCUGUCGUGAACUGUCCACUUGACGGGCAGGACUCAGUGUACUUGUGCCUGGAAUGGCUGUACUUUUCAGCAGUCCCAGAAUAGGCUGUAAGUUUAUUUUCUUUGCUUUGCAGGGGGAGUGGGGAGGGGAGGGAGCCAUGCUGGGUUUGGUAGG